UAACUACCGACCAAAAUGUGCGACGAAGAAGAGGAGGAAGCUACUCCCCUGGUUGUUGACAAUGGUUCCGGACUGGUGAAGGCUGGCUUCGCCGGCGACGACGCCCCCAGGGCUGUCUUCCCAUCCAUCGUCGGCCGCCCAAGGCAUCAGGGCGUGAUGGUCGGUAUGGGUCAGAAGGACGCCUACGUGGGAGACGAGGCUCAGAGCAAGAGGGGUAUCCUCACCCUGAAGUAUCCCAUCGAGCACGGCAUCGUUACCAACUGGGAUGAUAUGGAGAAGAUCUGGCAUCACACCUUCUACAACGAGCUGCGUAUCGCCCCAGAAGAACAUCCGAGCCUUCUGACUGAAGCUCCUCUAAACCCCAAGGCCAACAGGGAGAAGAUGACACAGAUCAUGUUUGAGACCUUCAAUGCCCCCGCCAUGUACGUGUGCAUCCAAGCCGUGCUGUCCCUCUACGCUUCCGGUCGUACGACUGGUAUCGUGCUGGACUCCGGCGAUGGUGUCUCCCACGUUGUGCCGAUCUAUGAGGGCUACUGUAUGCCCCACGCCAUCCUUCGUCUGGACCUGGCCGGCCGUGAGCUGACCAACUACAUGAUGAGGGUCUUAUGCGACCGUGGCUACUCUUUUGUGACCACGGCCGAGCGUGAGAUUGUCCGUGACAUCAAGGAGAAGCUGGGCUACGUCGCCCUGGACUUCGAGCAGGAGAUGUUGACGGCAGCUACCUCUGUAGCCCUGGAGAAGAGCUACGAGCUGCCUGAUGGACAGGUCAUCACCAUCGGCAACGAGAGGUUCCGCUGCGCUGAGGCUCUCUUCCAGCCUUCCUUCCUCGGUAUGGAAACGGCCGGCGUUCAUGAGACCACCUACAACUGCAUCAUGAAGUGCGACAUCGACGUCCGUAAGGACCUGUACGCCAACAACGUCCUGUCCGGUGGCACCACCAUGUUCCCUGGCAUCGGUGACCGUAUGCAGAAGGAGAUGGUGGCCCUUGCCCCCAGCACCAUGAAGAUCAAGAUCAUCGCUCCUCCCGAGAGGAAGUACUCCGUAUGGAUCGGCGGGUCCAUCCUGGCCUCCCUGUCCACCUUCCAGCAGAUGUGGAUCACCAAGGCUGAGUACGACGAGGCCGGUCCCGCAAUCGUUCAUCGCAAAUGCUUCUAAAUGACCUCCUGUAUC